AUGCUCUACUAUUUCCUCGACUUUUGCGCCGUUCUCUGCACUCUUGCAUGCAUACGCCAGCUGCAGGCAUGGCGCAAACAGAGAAAACCCUUUCCAUCUGUCCCAGGGCCAAAAGGCCUUCCCCUGCUUGGCAACGUAUUUGAUAUGCAGGAGGGAGAAUUAUGGGAGACUGCACGGAAGUGGGGCGAGGAAUUCGGACCAUUGGUUCAAGUCAACGCUCUCGGGGAAACGUAUAUCUUUGUGAACUCUUACCAGGCAGCAGUCGACUUAUUUGAGAAGCGUGGGAGCAUUUAUUCUUCACGGCCCGGAAACGUUAUGUUAGAACUUCAAGGUUGGCGCUGGUUUAUCUCUAUUAUGCAGUACGGAGACGAGCUGCGAAGAGCGAGGCAACUGCUACAUCGUUUUCUUAAACCGGCCACUGUAAACGACUAUACUGAGUUACAGACGCAGUCAGCCCGUAGGAUGCUCAGAGGGCUGCUAGUAACUCCGGAUAAGUUCCCAGAACUUCUUCGGCAAAGUGCAGGAGAGACAAUUCUGCUGCUCACCUACGGCCACAAAGUUCAAGAUGAGAAUGAUCCGUACAUAACCAUUGCAGAGGAAGGUAUUGCGGCUGUUAUUGAAGCGGAAGAAUUCUAUCUGGUGAAUGCCAUUCCUGCGUUGCAAUACCUACCAUCUUGGCUUCCUGGUACUGGCUUCAAGAAAGUCAUCCAACAUGGCCAGAAAGCAUCUACGGAGUUGUAUCACGAGCCUUACAAGAUGGGAAAGGCCAAAGUUGUGGAGGACAAUGUCACCCCUUCGAUAUUGAGCAGGCUGCUUGAAUCAUAUUCAGCAGGAGAUAAGGUCAUAGGUGACGAGGAUAUGAUCACAAAAGUGACAGGUGUUUUAUAUUCGGCCGCAGCAGACACAACAGUUGCUGCCCUGUACACAUUUUUCCUCGCAAUGCUAUUGUAUCCGGACGUCCAGAAACGAGCACAAGAAGAACUUGAUCGCGUGCUAGGGAAAGACACUCUUCCGACAUUCAAUGAUCGACCAAACCUACCCUAUGUCAAUGCGGUCAUCAAAGAAUCACUAAGGUGGCAACCUGCUACUCCUGUCGCCCCAGCUCACACUGCUGACGAAGAUGAUGAGUACAAUGGUUACUUCAUUCCUGCUGGUGCAGCAGUAUUUCCAAAUAUCUGGGCAAUGCAGAGGGACCAGAAGGAAUACCCUGAGCCGGAUAAGUUCAUACCUGAUCGUUGGCUACCUACGGGCGGCAAAGAGGGCCCAAGGGAUGUACUCAAGACUUACUUCGGAUUCGGGAGGAGAAUUUGUCCUGGGCGCCAUUUUGCAGAUAAUACAAUAUUUAUAGGCGGUGCAUCGAUUCUAGCAGCAUUCAAAAUUACAAAUGCUCUUGACGAGAAUGGGCUUCCAGUUCCACCCAAAGCCGAAUUCGUGCCUCGUUUCCUCAGGCAUCCCAAGCCAUUCAAGUACGUUUUGGAGCCGAGGUCUGAGAAGGUCAAAGUUGUCAUAAGUGAAACCGUUGAGUUUGAAGAGUGAAGAGUGUUGCAAUAAUAUCUGCACUAUGGACGUUUGUUAUAAUUAC